AUGGCAGCAAGUAAAAAGCCGCAGUAUGAAUUCGGCGGGCCCCUCGGUGCCGCUGCGAUUGUGUUUGGCCUCCCUGUCCUGCUCAACGUCUGGUAUCUCGCCUGCAACGGCGUCUCAGGAUGUCCAGCUCCCGCUUUGCUGCAGCCCAGCACGCUGACCUGGGAGGCUCUCAAGCCGCAGAUGCCGUGGCCCGAGCACGGCAUAUGGGGCUUUGCUAGCUGGGAGGCGACGGGCUGGACACUGCUGUACUACAUCCUCAGUCUGGUCCUCUACCGAGUGCUGCCGGCUCAGGAAGUCUACGGGACAAAGCUUCGGGAAUCGGGCCGGCCCCUACGCUACCGUUUCAACGCAUUCAACACCUCGGUCGCUGAGCUGUCGGCAUGCGCGGUGGGCACGUAUCUGUACGGGGCUGACUGGGCACUGUGGACCUUCAUCAGCGAGAACUACCUACAGCUCCUCACUGUCAACAUCAUCUUCGCGUUUGCCAUCUCGGUUUAUGUCUAUGCUCGGAGCUUCGAGGUCGUCACUGGGAACAGCGAGCUGAGGGAGCUCGCCGUCGGGGGCCACACCGGCAGCGUCAUCUACGACUUUUACAUCGGGCGCGAGCUGAACCCCCGUGUCACGUUGCCCCUGGUUGGCGAGCUCGACCUCAAGGCCUGGCUGGAAAUGCGCCCUGGCCUCACGGGGUGGGUCAUCCUCGACCUGGCCUUUGUCGCUCAGCAGUACCGCACCUACGGCUACGUCUCCGACAGCAUCGCCCUCACGGCGGCGGUCCAGACCUUCUAUGUCCUGUACGGGCAGUAUGCCGAAGAAAGGCUCCUGGCCAUGAUGGACAUCAUCACCGACGGGCUGGGGUUCAUGCUCACGUUCGGGGAUAUCGCGUGGGUGCCGUUCCUUUAUUCGACGCAGUGCCGCUACCUCGCCGCCCACCCGGUGCAGCUGGGCGCGGCGGGGUUGGCCGCGGCGGGCGUGGUGUUCGCGCUGGGUCUGUACAUCUUCCGGGCCUCGAACCUGCAAAAGAACGUGUUCAGGAAGAACCCAGAGGACCCAUCUGUGAGAGGAAUGUCGUACAUCCAGACCAAGCGGGGCACGCGCCUGCUGGCGGCCGGGUGGUGGGGCACGAGCCGGCACAUCAACUAUUUUGGGGACUGGCUCCAGGCGCUGCCCUUCAGUCUUCCCACCGGCAUCGCAGGAUACGUCAUCCUGCCUGCAGGAAGCGUUGUCGCGGGUGGGCUGUCUGGCUCCGGCGAGGCGGCUAGCGUCAUGCUCGACGGUCGACAGGUCAUCCAGGGUGCAGCCAAGGGCUGGGGGAUGGUGUUCACGUACUUUUACGUCCUGUACUUUGCCAUCCUGCUCAUCCACCGCGAGGGGAGGGACGACAAGGCCUGUUCGGAGAAGUAUGGCGAGGACUGGGACAGAUACAGGAGGGCCGUCAGGUGGCGGAUUCUGCCAUAUGUGUACUGA